AUGGCGGGUUCCAUAGAGAUUCCGCUUCGUGACACAGACGAGGUAAUAGAACUCUACCUCGAUCAGUUACCAGAAGGAGAUGAAGUUCUUGGAAUUUUACGCCAAGAACAUGCGCAACUUAAUAUCUGGGUCAAUUUGGCCCUUGAAUAUUAUAAACAACAUAAAAUUGAAGAUUUCAUUAAGAUACUUGAAUCUUCUCGUAUUGAUGCAAAUAUUGAUUACCGUGACUAUGAAAAAGAUCAAAUGCGUGCGUUGGACAUGUUGGCUGCAUAUUAUGUCCAAGAAGCCAACAGGGAGAAAAAUAAGGACAAAAAGAGAGAUCUAUUUACAAAAGCUACAUUAUUGUACACAACUGCUGAUAAGAUCAUUAUGUAUGACCAGAAUCAUUUACUCGGCCGAGCUUACUUUUGCCUCUUGGAAGGAGACAAAAUGGAUCAAGCUGAUGCCCAAUUCAAUUUUGUACUAAAUCAAUCUCCAAAUAAUAUCCCUUCUCUACUUGGUAAAGCAUGUAUUGCAUUCAACAAAAAGGAUUACCGUGGUGCACUUGCCUUCUACAAAAAAGCUUUAAGGACAAAUCCUAACUGCCCUGCUGCUGUGAGACUAGGAAUGGGACAUUGUUUUAUGAAGUUAAAUAAUCAAGAAAAAGCACGUCUAGCCUUUGAAAGAGCUUUACAACUGGAUGGCCAAUGUGUAGGAGCAUUGGUUGGUCUUUCAGUCCUGAAACUGAAUCAACAACAGCCUGAUAGCAUUAGGACUGGAGUACAGAUGUUAUCAAAAGCUUACACAAUUGACUCUACAAAUCCUAUGGUAUUAAACCACUUGGCAAAUCAUUUCUUCUUUAAAAAAGAUUAUAACAAAGUGCAACAUUUGGCGCUUCACGCCUUUCACAAUACUGAAAAUGAAGCUAUGCGUGCAGAGAGUUGUUAUCAGUUAGCUAGAGCAUUUCAUGUACAGGGUGAUUAUGAUCAAGCAUUUCAAUAUUAUUAUCAAGCAACUCAGUUUGCACCACCAGUUUUUGUAUUGCCUCACUUUGGGUUAGGUCAGAUGUAUGUUUAUAGAGGUGAUGCCGAAAAUGCAGCACAAUGUUUUGAAAAAGUGUUGAAAGCCCAACCAGGCAACUACGAAACAAUGAAAAUUCUUGGAUCGUUGUAUGCAAAUUCAAGUUCUCAGUCGAAACGCGAUAUAGCCAAAAAUCAUCUUCGUAAAGUAACAGAACAGUUUCCUGAUGACGUGGAAGCAUGGAUUGAGCUGGCCCAAAUAUUAGAACAAAGUGACCUUACUGCAGCCUUAAAUGCAUACGGUACUGCAACUAGAAUAUUAAAGGAAAAAGUUCAAGCAGAUAUACCACCUGAAAUUCUAAACAAUGUUGGAGCCCUACAUUAUAGACUUGGAAAUUUAGAGGAAGCUAGAAAAAAUUUGGAGGAAUCUCUGGCGCGCUCCAAAGCUGAUGCCUUACACGACUCUGUAUACUACAACUCUAUCGCGGUUACAACAACUUAUAAUUUAGCACGACUGAACGAAGCUUUGUGUAUCUUUGAUAAAGCGGAGAAGUUGUACAAGGAUAUUCUGAAGGAGCAUCCGAAUUACGUAGAUUGUUAUUUACGACUUGGCUGCAUGGCACGAGACAAAGGACAAAUUUACGAAGCCUCUGAUUGGUUUAAAGACGCCUUGAGGAUCAACAAUGAGCAUCCAGAUGCGUGGUCUCUUUUGGGUAAUUUGCAUUUGGCCAAGAUGGAAUGGGGUCCUGGCCAGAAGAAAUUUGAAAGAAUUCUGAAAAAUCCAACGACAAGCACGGAUGCUUAUUCGUUGAUCGCUUUGGGAAACAUUUGGUUGCAAACUCUACAUCAAAGUGGAAAGGAUAAAGAUCGAGAGAAACGUCAUCAAGAUAGAGCCCUGGCCAUGUACAAACAGGUCUUGCGAAAUGAUCCCAAAAAUAUUUGGGCAGCGAAUGGGAUUGGAGCGGUAUUAGCACAUAAAGGCUGUGUAAAUGAAGCCAGAGAUAUUUUCGCCCAGGUGCGAGAAGCGACCGCAGAGUUUUGUGAUGUUUGGUUAAACAUUGCGCACAUAUACGUGGAGCAAAAACAAUUUGUUAGCGCCAUUCAGAUGUAUGAGAAUUGUCUUCGAAAAUUUUAUAAAUAUCACCACGUUGAAGUCCUGCAAUACCUUGGUAGAGCUUACUUCAAAGCUGGUAAAUUGAAGGAAGCAAAAUUGACGUUGUUAAAGGCACGAAGGGUAGCUCCACAAGAUACUGUUUUGUUGUACAAUAUUGCACUUGUACUUCAGCGUCUAGCAACAUAUAUAUUGAAAGACGAAAAAUCAACUCUGACUACGGUACUACAGGCCGUUCAUGAAUUAGGACUCUCGCAUAAAUAUUUCCAAUAUUUGUCGACACACGGAGAUAGAAUGGAACAGCUUGCGGAAGCGGAAGCCAGGAGGUGCCAGGAUUUAUUAUCACAAGCGCAAUAUCACGUUGCCCGUGCUAGGAGAUUGGACGAAGAAGAGAAGAUGCUUAGAAGAAAACAGGAGGAGGAAAGACAAGCAUUUAAAAUGCGCCAAACAGAGGAACAACGGAAACUCGAAGAAAUGCGUAGACAGAAAGAAGAAGAGAUGUUACAGAAACGACAAGAAUACGUUGAAAAGACGAAGAAUGUAUUGGUGUUUGGAGAUAUGCCUUCAGAAAAGUCUGGAAAGAAAGGAAAGAAAGUACGCACGGAUCAGUACAUCAGCGACAGUGGUGGUUCAGGGAGAGACGAAGGAAGGGAGGAAGCUCCAAGGGAAAGAAGCCGUAAAAGGAAAGCUAGUGGUGAACGUAAGGAGAAGAAAGGCAGGGCUAAAGGGAGGCGCAAGAAAGAAAUGGCUAGUGGAGAUAGUGGUUCUGAAAGCGAUCGACCCAAGCCAAAACGUGGAAGGAAAACAGGAACUCUCAGAAAAGAUAAAGGAUCUCGAAAAAGUACUACUGAGACUACAAAGGGUAAGAUGCCCUUAUCGAAGGAGACUAUAUCGACGAGUGAAUCAGAUAGUGAUUCUGGAGGUCUUAAAAUUGCUAGCGGGGGUGAAAGUGGGAACGACAGUCGUCCACAUGGAAGCAGAAGAAUCGCAUCCGACUCUGAAGGUUCACGAGCGUCACGAUCCCGUUCCAGAUCAAAAUCCAGAAGUCGUUCCAGGAGUAGUUCGCGUUCACGAUCACGAUCUCAAUCACAGUCACGAUCACGAUCACGGUCUAGAUCUGGAUCGAAAUCUAGAAGCGUAUCGCGAUCAAGAAGUCGGUCUAGGUCGAGGUCGGCCUCAGCGAAGAGUGGGUCACGGUCAAGGUCGGGCUCUAGAUCGAGGUCUGGGUCACGACAGAGUCGGUCACGGUCACGUUCACGGUCACGUUCACGCAGUGCUUCGAGGAAAAGUGAAUCGCAGGCAAGAUCAAGGUCAGGAUCCAGGCAUAGUGGAUCAAGAUCAAGGUCCCCGAGUGGUUCUAGGAAAGCAAAGUCAAGGAGUGGUUCACCGGAUCAGCGUAGAUCCAGAAGCAAGAGUCGAUCAAAAUCCAAAUCUGCUUCGAGAUCCAGAUCACGUUCGCGAUCCGGUUCAAGGUCUAAAAGUGGCUCUCGAAGCCGUAGCCCCAGUGGAUCAGCACGGUCUGCUACUCCAGAAUCCAGAAAAUCAGUUUCGGGCAGUGAUGUCGGUUCGCGGCAUUCGAGUUCAGACCGUGCUGGCGGUGGUAGUGAAAGCGAAUAAAUCCAAAAUUCCAGUAAAGACAACCGGAGAGACCGGUGAAAUGUUCACUUUAACUGUGAAUUACACAUACACCUU